AUGAGAUCAAACCCAGGACCUCUGGUUUACAAGUCUGACACUUUACUGGAAUCAAACCCAGGACCACUGGUUUACAAGUCUGACACUUUACUGGAAUCAAACCCAGGACCACUGGUUUACAUGUCUGACACUUUACUGGGAUCAAACCCAGGACCUCUGAUUUACAUGUCUGACACUUUACUGGGAUCAAACCCAGGACCAAUGGUUUACAUGUCUGACACUUUACAAGAAUCAAACCCAGGACCUCUGAUUUACAUGUCUGACACUUUACUGGGAUCAAACCCAGGACCUCUGAUUUACAUGUCUGACACUUUACUGGGAUCAAACCCAGGACCAAUGGUUUACAUGUCUGACACUUUACAAGAAUCAAACCCAGGACCUCUGGUUUACAUGUCUGACACUUUACAAGAAUCAAACCCAGGACCUCUGGUUUACAUGUCUGACACUUUACUGGAAUCAAACCCAGGACCACUGGUUUACAUGUCUGACACUUUACUGGGAUCAAACCCAGGACCUCUGGUUUACAUGUCUGACACUUUACUGGGAUCAAACCCAGGACCUCUGGUUUACAUGUCUGACACUUUACUGGGAUCAAACCCAGGACCUCUGCUUUACAUGUCUGACAUUUGA